AUGGAGCAGGAGCGCCCUAACGGGGUCCGGCGAAACUCGGCCCACCAGGGGACUUACACUCGUCCCGUGGAGCGGAGGCCAAGCAAGAAAUCUUCAUCAAAGGACCGUCAUGGAAUAGUGUAUCCCGACAGCUUUAGAGAUGCGACUAUCCGGACGGUGACACCCGAUCCUGUGUCCGACCCUAGUAAUCACUCUCCGUCGUCUGAAACCGGUUACCUGUCGGCCAAUGCGGGCGUUUCUCCCCACUCGACCGUUAGAUCUACGAGACAUGACGAUUGGGACCGACGCCGUGAAUUCAGUCCGUACCAUUCGACGGGUGAUGAAGACGAUUUGGCGCCCGAGUCCAGAAGCCAGCGGGCCCGGUCGAGGACGACUACCUUGGACGAUCAAAGAAGUGAGAUAUCCCCCAACUCGUUUUUAUCGCGAACCAGAAAUCGUCUAGGAUCAAUCAACACUGCCACGACCCCUUUGAAUUCCAAAGUGUCGGAAGAAUCGGUUACUUCCAUCGGUUACCCGUCUAUUCAGUCGCCGACAGUCCUCUCGAACCAGCCAGGUAAUCGCCAGCGGCUGACCAAACAGCCUCCGGGAGGGCCAGCUUUGGUUACGGGGGUGAGCCGGAAUCCGGCCGCAUUUGCCUCGCCUCUAUCCAAUGCCGACUCGGCAAAGAUCUUACAGUUGAUGAAGACCACAUGCGGGAGAAUGCAUGGUAUCCUUUCCUUUCGCACGGCGGCAAAUGCCUCGUGGACUUCCGGAUACUGUGCCAUCAACGUUGCCACGGGAAGCUUAAUAUAUCAAGCUAAGGGAGAACCGGCUCUCGCAAAGACUCUAAUUCCUGAUCUGCGUGGAUGCCAUGUGCGGACUCUUUUCGACCCCGAACUCCAAACGACCUAUCUCAGCGUGUCCACUUUCUCGUCCGGGAUGGGCAUUCAACUGAGACCGCAUGUGCAAGAGACCUUUGAUUCCUGGCUCGCCGCAUUGCUAUGCUGGCAACCGAUCCGUCCCAAGGGGGUGCAGAAUAAACGGACAAAGCCUCAGUCUGUCACCAUCGGUGAACGUCGUCUUGCCGAUCGGAGAAGAAACUCGGAGAGCACCGUGCAGAAAGAGCCUGCGAUCAUCAAAGUAGGGAAGAUGUUACUGUGGGAAAAGCCCAGUCCCUCUGGUGCGCGUCCCCCAUCCGGCCGGAGGUCUUCGACCCAUCGACAGCAACGGUCAUCGUCCUGGCAAAGAGUGAGCUGCACUUUGCAGGAGAAUGGUCACUUUAAGCUCUAUACGGAGUCGGAUGUUUCUCUCUUGAGAACGAUCGAGCUCUCUCAACUUUCCCGCUCUGCCGUGCAACAGCUGGAACCUUCAGUCCUCGAUGAUGAGUAUUGCAUUGCAAUCUAUCCUCAAUAUACGGCCUCAUCCACCUCGGACACUAUGUCUCGCCCGAUCUUCCUUUCCUUGGAGUCCAGGGUCCUCUACGAAGUCUGGUUUGUGCUCCUGCGUGCGUUCACCAUACCUGAGCUAUACGGACCCGAAUCCCCAAGUGGCGAGGAUUUGAAGCAGAAUUUGACGAACCCUAACGCGCAAUCCACAACGGAUAUGUUUAGAAUCGAACGGACGCUAUCAUUGAGAAUCACCGAGGCCAAAUUAACGGAUGACAAAGACGACGAUGAUGCUAAGAGUAGAGGGCAAUCCAAAUCGUCGGGGAAGGCUUCCUUUAGCGAUUAUUACGCAGAGGUUCUUCUAGAUGGGGAGAUCAGGGCCAAAACCGCAGUCAAGCAAAACACAGCGACGCCAUUCUGGCGGGAGGAUUUUACUUUCUCGGAUCUGCCGCCUGUCCUCUCCAAUGUUUCUGUGCGCCUCAAGACGCUGAAUCCUGCGCAGAAGGAUUGGACCCUCAUUGCUCAUGGUCCCUACAGUUUAGAUGCGGAUACGAAUCCCAUGAAUGUUCUGGACGAUCUGGAGGUGUCGUCUCACGAUGCUACCUGUGGACGGGUCGAUUUGCGACUGGAUGAAUUGGAACCUGGAACGGACAUCGAAAAGUGGUGGCCAAUUCUGGAUGACAGGGACCAACCAGUGGGUGAGAUGUUCAUGAAAGUCCGAUUAGAAGAGACUGUCGUCUUGAUGUCUCAUGAGUAUGAGCCCAUGUCAGAGCUUCUUCACUCUUUCACGAACAAUCUCACCAUACAUAUGGUCCAAAUUUUACCUUCGGAGCUCAAUAGGCUCUCGGAGAUCCUUUUGAAUAUUUUCCAGGUAUCCGGCCAGGCCACGGAGUGGAUAUCAUCGCUCGUUGAAGACGAGAUUGAUGGCUUCCACAAAGACUCCUCAGUCAGCAGGCUGAGGUACACGACACGAAUCCACUCGAACGAGUCCAAAGAGUCCGGGCAAGACAGAGAAGUCAUCAUAAGGGAUUUGGGACGAUCCGCGACAUUUGAAGCUAAUCUGCUGUUUCGAGGCAAUUCCUUGCUGACGAAGGCGCUUGAUAUGCACAUGCGCCGCCUCGGAAAGGAAUAUCUUGAAGAAACUAUCGGAGAAAGACUGCGCGAUGUUGAUGAAAGUGAUCCUGAUUGCGAGGUCGAUCCUGUUCGAGUGCAUCGUUCCGACGAUCUUGAGCGGAACUGGAGAAAUCUGAUCUCGUUGACUAGUCUUUUUUGGAAAUCCAUUUCCAGUUCUGCCUCCAGAUGUCCGGCAGAACUACGGCGUAUUUUUCGACAUGUUAGAGCGUGUGCAGAGGACCGUUAUGGCGAUUUCUUGCGCUCAGUCACCUACAGCAGCGUUUCCGGAUUUCUGUUCCUGCGGUUCUUCUGUCCUGCGAUUCUGAACCCCAAGUUGUUCGGCUUGCUUAAAGAUCAUCCUCGCCCUCGGGCUCAACGCACAUUGACUCUAAUCGCCAAGGCUUUGCAAGGUCUUGCAAACAUGACCACUUUUGGCAGUAAAGAGCCGUGGAUGGAACCCAUGAACAAGUUCCUGCUCUCCAAUCGCGCUUCUUUCAAGGAAUUUGUCGAUGCAAUAUGCGCGAUACCUGCCGACCGGCCAACACAGACGGUUUCACCUUCCUAUGCCACCCCCAUUCAAAUUCUGAAUCGCUUGCCACCCACGUCUCGGGAAGGUUUCCCCAGCCUGCCUUUCCUUAUCGACCAUGCAAGAAGUUUUGCGGCGCUUACAAAUCUCUGGCUUGAAUCAGCGCCAGAGAAGCUCGCUGAACUCGAUGAGAUCGAGCCGUCUGUAGCCAAAUUCCACAGCUUAGCGCUUGAGAUCCAGCAACGUACCAAAGAAUGCCUUAGCAAAGCCGAGCAAGCAGAACGACCGAAUGGAAAUCACGAGGUAAAGUGGGAAGAACUGGUGGAGUCAAUAGACCGAUCUGCCACCUUUUACGAUGAGAGCUCAAGCAAGCCUAGCACACCGGCUGCGGAGUUGCCACUCACCGCUCCGGCCAACAUACCAGGAAGCCAUCGGAAUUCUAUUGGAUACUUUACGAGGCCUCCAUUACCACGCAGAUCAACCGAUACGGCUGGUGACGCCGAUGAAGACACUCCUCCGAGCUCUUCCUCCGCAACUUGGGAUCACUCUCGCCUGCCGUUCUUGGUAUCAAGAUCAGAGACACGGGAAAGCGCAAAUAGCUCCAAGAAUUCGUCCACAUAUUCACUUGAGUAUCCCGAAAGUUCCAAACCGCGUCAGUCUACGAUCAGCCGAGAGAUCUCGAGCAAGUAUCGUUUCUUGGAUUUGGUUCCUGUGCCUUCAAGACGUAAGAACAAGGAAAGUUCUUAA